AUGUCUGAACAACCAAGUAAACUCAACGCUAGUGCUACUUACUAUACCGGCGCUACCAAGGAAACUGGUCAAGCUGCUCAAGUUGAAGGCAACGCAGAAUAUGAUGCCGCAAUUAAGGAAGCACCACCAUCAAAAUUCAAUGCCAAUUACAAUGCGACCGUGGGUGCGGUUAAGGAAACAAUCGGAUCCGCUAUUGGACAUACCAGUUUGGAGAAGUCAGGUGCUGAACAACGUAGAAAGGGAAAUGAGGAAUUGGAAGCGGCCAAAAUGACCGAUUAUGUUAGUGGUGCUGGAAACAAGGUUAAAGGAGCAGUACAGGAACAAGUUGGCGCAACUAUUGGCGAUAAGCGAAUGGAAGCUGAAGGUGCCGCCACUAAAAUUAAAGGC